AUGUGUUUAGCGAUAGUUGACUGCAGUGAUUCCAUCUGCGCCGAACUUGUACAACCAUUCGAUAUUGUACCGUGUUUUGCGCGGGAUGUACAACCACUUAUUGAGGCACCGCUUCUUCGCAAAUUGCCUCAACCGAAUCAGUUGACAUAUCUUGAAGCCGGCUAUGGUUUACUAGAAGAACGAAUUACGAAUGCACUUAGUGAUUCGACUGGAGAAGCAGUCAAAAUGGGUGGAUCAGAAGAUCUCCUCCACUACCCGAUUGACUCCCUGGUUAGGAUGCCAUUAGAUGUCCUUAAGAGAAAUUUAGGUGGCAAACUUCCAAUCGAAAUUGAUCGAAACAAAAGUGACUCUGGAACGUCAAUGAAAGCUAAAAGUCGCCCGGACUUUAUUCUUCGAGUCAACAGUGUACUUAUCAUGUGGGGUGAAGAGAAGCAAGCCUCAAUGCAAGGAGCCUUGGAGGAUAUGAAGAAUAAAUUUGGAAAGCUUGAACCCUUGCAUUUCGGGGGAAUAAAGUUUAUGAUCUGCUAUGCUGGGGCAAACGCCAUACCACGCGUCAAUAUUUGGAACCAGCACAUGGUGAUAUCUAUUUCGAUGAUGUCCCGUAAAUUUAUGCGGGAGAAGUUGUACAAAGAGUGA